AUGGGUCAUCCUAUACGAGUCUCGAGCAGCAGCAGCAAAGUGGACAUCGAGGAAGAGAGCUAUUGGAAGUCUCCAAGCGCUCUUGAGUUGGCCGUAUUAUCCAGGCAACCAGCGACAUGGCGACACAGCUUGUUGGAUCAAGGCACUCAUUCUGAACAAGGCAUUCAUCGUGAACAAGGUACAAGGCACAAGGAACUCACUGUGGACAAGGACAAGACUCGUUUCAAUAAGCUUAUGGAUCAUUCAGCAAGGCUUCAGCAAAGGAAAACGGCAGCAAGUGUGGGCACAUCUUCAACGUGGGCUCGUUCAUGGCAUUCAAAUUCUCAGCAAGAGGAUCUUUAUUCACAACAAGCACAAGUAUCUCCUUCUCACUAUCUCAAUCAGGAUUAUGGUAAGGAUGCGGAGGAUAUGGGAAUGGCCUUGUCUCUUACAUGGAUGGUGUACGCUUUCAUUUCAGCACGAGGAUACGUAUGGGGUGGAUGGUACAGCAACUGA